AUAUACAGUACACGGCGCAUCCUUCUCCGAGGGGCUGGGAUGGGUCUGUAGGAAGAGAGAGGGGGGCUGCCUGCAUGUGUACUCUUCUGCCUGCUAGCUGGAGGAGUGUCCUCUGCCGUCUGCAGUUCCUCGUCUUGCCGGGGGAGGCAGCACUGAGCCGGAGAGACAAAAAUAGCCAGAAAUUUGCGGAGAAAUAUAAGGAUUGUGUAUGAGGGGAGGGAGAGCGGCAUUAGGCUGGCUGCCAGGAGGAGCUCUUCUCUCCCCCCCUCUCUCUCCUCUCCCUCUUUGUGUUAUUUAUAGACUCCCCUCUUUUCUACUCCUUCCCUUCAUAGCUCUUCUCCUCUGCGACGUGAUGUGUCCCCGGCACUGCUGACACCUGGAGGAGAGGAGCCAGGGAGGGGAGAGCAGGGGAGGAGGGAGCCCACCGAGCGGACCGGACAGCCACCGGGACUAUUUUUAGCGGCGGUCUUCCCGUCGCAGGAAUAUAACCUAGAGACCCGAGGGGAGGCUGCUGCCGCCGCGUAGCAUAGGAGCGUCCGCCAUCCGCAGGAUCUGAACACGUCCACAUCGUGCUCCGGCUCCACCGACACCAGACAUGGGCUGCCUGGGCAACAGCAAGACGGAGGAUCAGCGCAUUGACGAGAAGGCGCAGCGAGAGGCCAACAAGAAGAUCGAGAAGCAGCUGCAGAAGGAGAGGUUGGCCUAUAAAGCCACACACCGGCUGCUGCUGCUCGGUGCUGGUGAGUCAGGAAAAAGCACGAUUGUCAAGCAGAUGAGGAUCCUCCACGUCAAUGGAUUUAAUUCAGAAGAAAAGAAACAGAAAAUUCAGGACAUUCGGAAAAAUGUUAAAGAUGCCAUUGUGACAAUAGUAUCUGCAAUGGGCACAUUAAUACCCCCGGUUCCACUGGCUAACCCGGAAAACCAGUUCCGAAUUGAUUACAUCAAGAGUAUAGCGCCGCUGUCUGACUUCGAUUAUACACAGGAAUUUUUUGAACACGCACAAAAACUUUGGGAUGAUGACGGUGUGAAGGCAUGCUUCGAGAGGUCAAAUGAAUACCAACUCAUUGACUGCGCACAAUACUUUCUAGAGAAAAUCGACUAUGUUAGGCAAAAUGACUACACACCAACAGAUCAGGAUUUAUUAAGAUGCAGAGUGUUGACAUCAGGGAUUUUCGAAACGCGAUUUCAAGUAGACAAAGUAAAUUUUCAUAUGUUUGAUGUAGGGGGACAAAGAGAUGAAAGAAGAAAAUGGAUCCAAUGUUUUAAUGAUGUUACAGCUAUCAUUUUUGUAGUUGCGAGUAGCAGUUACAACAUGGUCAUUCGAGAAGACAAUAACACAAACAGACUACGAGAAGCACUGGACCUGUUCAAAAGUAUCUGGAACAACAGGUGGUUACGGACUAUAUCUGUUAUUUUAUUUUUGAACAAACAAGAUAUGCUGGCUGAAAAAGUCUUGGCGGGGAAAUCAAAAAUAGAAGAUUACUUCCCAGAAUAUGUGCGCUACACUGUACCUGACGAUGCAACACCAGAUGCAGGAGAAGAUCCCAAAGUGACGAGGGCCAAGUUUUUCAUAAGAGAUGAAUUUUUAAGGAUAAGCACUGCAAGUGGCGAUGGAAGACAUUACUGCUACCCUCAUUUUACCUGUGCCGUAGACACGGAGAAUAUUCGCAGAGUUUUCAAUGACUGUCGAGAUAUCAUCCAGAGAAUGCACCUCCGCCAAUAUGAACUCUUGUAAUCGUUCUCACCGUGGAGCCUGUGGUUUUAAAUACUUUGCUACUUUUUUCUGUCUCUUUCCUCUGUACUGCUCCACACAGGGUGGAACAUCCCCACAGCGCACUUUUUCUAGGCUUUUUACCCUUUUAUUUUAGUAUUUUUGUUGAGCGAGGAUUGUUUUCCCCACCUUUCUGUUUUAUGAAAGAGGGUGUUCUCUGUCCUUGUUUUGUUUCACACUUUAGUUUUUUUGUUUUUUUUAAUCAUUCCACUAAACCAGUGCUGCUCACUCCCGUAACUAGGAAACCUAUUGGCCUUUUAUCAGAGCAUAGAUUUAAGCUUUUGCAACUCAUGUAUCCUUAGUAAAUCUAGCACUUCGCAGCUACUGUUGUAAAAGGCGGGAUCCUAAAGUAGUCCCCCAGUUCUAACGUCACAUAUGUAGUGUGCCCCACCACUUCCAGUUCUGCAACUUUGCCAGCUAAAGAAUUCCUGCACGCUUCUUCCUGCUAGGCUGAGCAUGCAAUGGGCAGUUGCUACUCAUAUCCCCUCCUGCUAAAAGGGACUAAUGUUCAUAAAGUGACCACGUUAUUAAAUCCAGGGUGCAGUUAUACUGAAUACUGCAAGAGCACCCUAAAUUCCUAGGGGGAUAUUGGUAUCUUUUAAAAUGUGCCUAUAAGAUACAUAGUCCACAUGUUUUGUGGACUGAGCUAAUAUAUUUAUGCCAUGGUGACAUCACUGCAGAACGGUGCACGUCAUGCUUCAUUUGUCUUUGAUGUUUCUAGUGAACUAAUGGGCUGACUGUCUUGUCAGUUCACUUCACACAAUGGAAAUGCUUUCAACGUGCAUACAAUGUGGAAAGGAAUGUGGUUCCUGUAACUUUUGUGCCGUACAGCAAAGAUGGAGCUGCCCAUGUUCUUGAGCAAUCUCCACCAGAUUGUGUUGCGAUCUAAGUCUGCAAAAAGUUUGCAGGCCAGUUUGAAGGAUGGAUUUGACAUGAAGACAUUUAUUUUAUUUUCCAACGAGAAGGAAUAGCAACACCUGUACACACUCCCUAUUAUUUAGAAACUUGUUACAUAGCUGUCUGUGGAGUUGCCCAGAUUGAAAAAGCAGAGGUGAUCUCCGGAUGAGAUGUCCUGAGAGGCAAUAUCAAAACGGUUUUGUUUUUUUACAUUCUUUUCUAUAUAAUUUAUAUCACAGACUGCACCUUUCUAAAGUUCAUGUUAUUAAUCAUUGAUAUAAAAAAUAUAUAUAGAUAUAUAUAUAGAGAGAGGAAAAAAAUAAAUUAUAUAAGGAUCUACAUAUUUUAGAGGCAGCGAAAGAUGAAGUCUCCCCUCUGGGGUAAGGAUGAGAAGCACGGAUGUCAAUAUAAUGCUGACGAAGAGUCUGACCUCUUCUACAGAGAAGGGACAGUAGCUUUGCUUUGAAUAGCUCUCUGAACAAGAAAGGUUUAAUACCAUUCCACUAAGCCUUAGGCUACCUCUGUUCUUUUCGCAUUUUGUUUGUUUUUUUAACUUCUUAUGGGCACUGGCCCUUGCAAAUUGUACCCAUCUUUUAGAUGGCACUAUGCUCAGACUUAUCCCUGUGUGGGUUUACUUUAUUAUUUUAUUAUAGCUAUUUUUCUUUAACAUGACACUGAAGAGUACUUGAUGGAGGAAAUGAAAUAAUGCACUUUGUAUCAGGUAAAAAAAAAACAAAAAAAAAAAACAAAAAAAAUGUUGAGGAACUACACACACAAUGUAGCAGCACCAGAAAUAUUUAUUAAUGUCACAAGUUUUAGCAUUUGUUGAGUUGCAGGUCAACUGAUAAAGUGACCUCUGCUCAUUGCGCCUUCAGAUGAAGGGGGCUUGUAGGACAUUGCAGAGCAGUGGGCUGCAGGCCUUUUUGUGACACUGAGGAGUUAAAAGAAUGUUUCUGGGACAGUACAUAGACUAGGUAAUGAAGAGGCAAAGUCAAGCAAUUUUUUACCUUUUAUUUUUUAUGGUGUAUUGUGGCUAAGUGUUUCUGCACACCUCAGGCAUUCAAACUGCAGCUGCUUUCAGCCUCUCACGUCAAGGCAGAGAAGAAAAAAAAAUAGAUAUACAAAAAAAGAAUAAAAAAAAAAAAUUACCACCUUCACUGAUAUUAUACGUUCUGUCCACAGAUGAUCUUUUUAGCCUUAGAUCAUUACUGGGCU